AUGUUAAAAGUCCUCGUUGAUUGCGAUCCGGGCGUGGACGAUAUUUGCGCAUUGCAGUUUCUUAUUAAUCGCAACGACGUCGAAAUCGUCGGAAUCAGCAUCGUUCAUGGAAAUUGCCCGGCUUCUGUUGGAGCUAAGAAUGCUUUAAAACUUCUUACGUUGAAUAAUCUGCAGCAUAAGAUUCCGAUCUUUUUGGCUCCGAUACAACGCUCGUCGCCGAAGACGAAGACUGGAAAAAGCACCAUCUUUACCACGGAAGGAAUGGAUUAUGCGACGUCACUGAGAAUGAUGUAG